UCGCGCGCAUCCUUUCAGUGCUUUCCCUGGUAGCAAGCAGUCAAAACUGAGCUCUGCUAAGUUUAGUGUGAUUAGCUGUUAUACUGAAACGUGACUCGAUAUAGAAAAAUGGCAUUGCUUCCGUCAGUUUUGCGUGAUUUGAUGGGCGACUUCUUGGUCACUCCGCCGCGUAUAUCUCACCUGAUUGAAAAGGCGUUGCUCCACGAUCUGGUGCACCAUGACGAUCAUCAUCACCAUCACCACCAUCACCCCGCCGUCGAACAUCAUCGGCACAAGCAGCUGAAAGACGUGGAGGCGGCCAAAGCUCAUCACCAGCUAGUGGAGAGCUGUAAGGACGGAUUUUCGGUGAAUGUUGACGUGUCCCACUUCCAACCGAAAGAGAUCAAGGUCCAGCAGGAGGGCGGCUGGAUCACGGUCGAGGGCAAGCACGAGGAGCGACGUGACGAUCAUGGAUUCGUGUCGCGACAUUUCGUGCGCAAGUAUCGCCUGCCGGAGGGUCACGACUCGGACAAGAUGGUUUCGACGCUGUCGUCCGACGGUAUUUUGACGAUCAGGGCUCCAAAGUUGGCCUUGGAGGAGGAAGCGCCCAAGGAUGGUAAGGAUGUGCCGGUUGUAAAGACGGGCAAGCGUGCGAAGGGAGACGAAGAAACUGAAACUGUGGAGGAGAACGACGCCAAGAAAGCCAAGCUGUGAAGAGCGUGGCGCUAACGUGGAUACCUUGUGUUCUGUUCUGAGAAUUCAAUAAAAUUUUUGGACUAAUGAACUCACUUUAUUUUUACAUUU